UUUUUUAUUAAAUAAUGUUUGUUUGAAGGACUUUGAGGGGGUUCAAAAGUAUAGGUAACCUAAAAAUACAGGCUAUUCGUAAAGUUGCUUUAAUUUUAUUUCUCAUUUAAGGAUUUUUGUUUGAAGGACCUAUUAUCAUCUCUUAUCUUAUAUCAGUUUUGAAUUUAAGAAAACCUAAGUAUAUAUGUAAAACUGCUACACAGAUGAAAACUUUUACAUUUAUAUUCAAUUUAUUUCGCAUUCAAAAAUUUCUGUGAAAUGAGUGAGUAAUCAGUCUCUGAUAUGCGAUAGUAUAUACUAAUGGUAUAAAUCUAUAAAGUACGAAGUUUCCAAUUAAUUUCUUUUAGUUACCGUUUCCAACUAAAAAUGCCAAUUUCAAUACAUUUUCAGAGUUUAAGAUAAAUAUUCAUCAGUAAACAUGCUACAAAGCAUGAGAAAACCAUUGCUAAUUUUAAUAUUGUUGACUUGCAUUGCCGUUAUUCCUUAUUUUUUGUAUCUGGACCUGUACAACAGAAACCUGCGGUCAAUACGAAUAGAGUUGGGCUUGGAUUGGGAAAACUAUGGAAGGGCCAUGAAUUCAACCACCAGCAUACACUGUAGAAACGGACCUAAGCGGAAUUUGAUGUUUCUUAAAACUCACAAAACUGGGAGUUCUACAUUGCAGAAUAUUUUAGUUCGAUUCGCCUACGACAACGAUCGUUUUGUCGGGUUACCUACUGGGGGGGAUAUUUUGUUCGGAUAUUAUUCUGGAACGCCGUUCAAGAAGUCAAUGAUGAUGCCGGUGCCAAAAUCAAGAAAUGUCAACAUGCUCUUGCAUCAUAUGGUUUUCAAUAAGAAAGAAAUUGCUUCCGUUCUUCCGUCUGACACCGUUUAUUUAACCAUUCUCCGGGAUCCUGCAACACAAUUCGAGUCUGUGUUCCACUACUUGAGAAAAGACGUUCCGGCUUUCAGUAGAGCUAGUGGCGAAAAUGGUUUGACUGAUUAUGUCAGAAAUCCAACCCAGUAUUUCAAGGGACGUGGAGACGGUAGAUUCUGGUGGUUUGGGAAAAACGGAAUGUUUUUCGACCUCGGAUUCGACAAUUUAUCAGAAAAUGACACAUAUAUCAACGAAGCAAUCGAUGAAAUUGAAAAAACGUUCGACAUUGUUCUAAUAUCAGAGUUUUUCGACAUCUCAUUACUUUUGCUUAGAGAUUUACUAUGUUGGGAUAUGAAGGACAUUAUAUAUUUAUCAAUGAACGCGCGAAAUCAAUCAACCGUGGAGCACGUGACAGCUGACGUCAAAGAUUUAAUAUAUAAAUGGAACAAGGCCGAUUGGGCUUUGUACAACCAUUAUAAUAAAACCUUUUGGCGUCAAGUUGAAAAUUAUGGAAAACAUAGACUCGAAAAUGACCUAACGGAAUUAAAUAGAUUGAAGAAAGAAAUUGCUAAUUUCUGUGUUGAAGAUAAUCUACAAAAUAACAGAAACAUAAGAGAUAAUACUUAUAAAAUGUUUAAUCCAGACGGGAUUGAAGUCACCCAAUAUAUAUUGAAAAAACAAGCAAAAAACAGUCAAAUUUGUCAAGGACUGAUUUAUCCUGAGCUUGUUUGGCAUAAAAAGUUGGUAAAUAAACAAGAUAAACCUCCAGCCACGAAAAGUUUGUGGUCGAGAUUGCCUAGUAGUAUGCGCCGUAAAGUAUAAAAUCUUCGAUUCUAACCCAUCAGUCCCCCGAAGAUUUUCUAAGGUAAUAUGUCCAGAAGAAUAGAUUUCAUCAAAACAUAUUUGCUACCUGCGCACUACUUCUGUUAAUAGCGGGUUGUGUAAUAAUCUUAUAAAAUCAAUGAUAACAGUAAUGAGGCACUGUGAUUGAAAAUUAAUUUAAGGUAUUUGCAGUGCUUUUUGUAGAGUUUUAUUUUUAUUAUUAGUUCACCAAAGCCUCACCAAAUUCUGUUACGUAAAGAAUAUAUAUAAUCGUCAAACAGCCAUUUUGUUACUAUAAUUCAGUGAAGAGUAGCGGGACGGAUUGAAGUAAGAUCGUAGGUUGUCGACCGCUGAUUAACGGCAUUUACCUUUUUCAAAAUGUUCGGACCACGUUACUUGGCGGGAUUAUAAGAUAUUUGAGAAGCAUCUCUGACAGUUGCAUUUCUUGUUUUUUUUUAUUUAUCUCACUUGUGGCGUUGAGCUGACAAGCAUCUACUUAUUUGCGAUAUUCUCAAAUGAAACUUUUUCGGAAACUCAACACUUACCACAAGUAAGAUGUUGACGUUUCGAAACAAUUUUAUUUGAAAAUUUUCAAGUAAUUAUCCACCACCAAAUGAAUUUAAGUUUUUUUUACAAAAGUUCAAAGUUCAAAAUUCUAAAAUAAAUUUUUAACCUUUUUUUCAACUUCUUUUUUGGUAUUAAAGCCCACAGAUUUGGGGCUUCAUAAAAAUAUCGUUUUUGUGCAUUUGUAUACAUAAUUUGAUGAAAUAUUUUGGGUUAGGAUAUAUAGAGAAAAAAUCAAAUGAAGUUUAAGCGUAAAUUAAUUAUGCGUAAUGAUCCAAAUUUAGUUUCACCUAAAAAAAUCCACGAAAAGGGGUUUGGAGUCGAAAAAAUUCGAAAUGAUAACCCCAGUUUUGCAGCCAAAACGGGAAGCUGAUGAAACCCCCUUAUAAAAUGUAUAUAAAAUAUUUUAUUUAUAUCAUAUAUAGCGAUCUUUCGUAACUUGAAACACUUUUUAGACCCUCAAAACUUAUGGAAACCCACGUUUUUCGUGCCUCGAUCGGACCCGCUAACUAUUACGAUCCAACUCGGCAAUUUGAAAUUUGGAACACCCUCUCUGAAGUUAAUGGCUACGCCCCUGUCUCAUACCGACUGUUAGUUGAGUAAAGUUAGGACUUCUAUUACUAACUCCGGGUUGAAAAAAUACUUGUCUUCUACCGACUCUCGGCUGAGGAAAGUUUUUGCUCCGAUUACUAACUCCGGAUUGUGAAAAAUUCCGACUCCAACUCUGGAUCCUGAGAAAAUCAAAUGUUGAGUUUGAAUUUGGUAGAAUGUCUUGACUUAUUUUGACUAAUGAAACUGCAAUUUUGACUCCUGACUUCGGUGACUCUGAAAGUACAACUCCGACUUCCGUGAGAACAUGCUGAACUCCGACCCCAUAGCCCUUUCUUGGGGGUGUGUUUGAGUGACUAUGAUUUAAAACAUAAGCCUAGUAAUCCUUCACGAGUGAAUCGCCCUCUGACCUUUUGUGUUUCCCAACCUAUUCGUUGCGACCCAAAGCUUAGCCGCCUGAAUAUCACAGACUAAAAUUUUGGGAGCAUCCAUUCUGCUUAAAUAAAUCCACGCCACAAUUUCAGAAACUCGCGAAUGGCAAAAAAGCGCAGCUUUUUCAAUUUGAAGUCAUUUUCGGUAUAACAAAUGUUAUGUGAAAAUGAUUGUUUCAUAUUAGUAUUUUAAUUUUUUGGUCUUAAGUGCACUACAUGUCGUUUGGUAUUUGAGCAUAUCCUUCGGCCCCAGGAUUAUACAGUACAUAUUUUUUAUUCAAUCUGUAUCGCUUGGAAAAAGGCUGGAGACCACUGCCUUUUGCCAUAGCAUGAAGAGAUUUUAUUUCAACGCUUCAUGUCCGUUAAUGUUGUCAGUUUUUUUUAUUCACAUGCAAUGAUGUCCUAGCAAAAAUCCCAAUAAUUAGCUCAAGAUAAAUCAGAGAAAUUGGAAUUUUCACAUACUUUUUUAUUCCGUAUAAAUGAAAGAGUUAUAGAACAAACAUAUACAAGUGAAACAUAUUUCAAAUUUUCAUUUUCUUUACCUGUUUUUUUUUUAAACUCAGUUAUAAAAUAAAAAGCUUUACACUA